AUGAGGUAUAUGGUGUGGAUCAACAGAAAUUACGUAAGUUUGUUGCUGUUUUUCAAGUAUUUUUUUCCAAAAAAAUUUUAAAAAAUUACGAGUUUCUGCUGCCUUUGCCCUGCUUUUGUCCUGCCUUUGCCCUGCUUUUGCCCUGCUUUUGCCCUGCCUUUGCCCUGCUUUUUCUCUGCCUUUGCCCUGCCUUUGCCCUGCCUUUGCCCUGCUUUUGCCCUGCCUUUGCCCUGCUUUUGCCCUGCUUUUGCCCUGCCUUUGCCCAGCAUUUGCCCUGCCUUUGCCCUGCCUUUGCCCUGCUUUUGCCCUGCCUUUACCCUGCCUUUGCCCUGCCUUUGCCCUGCCUUUGCCCUGCCUUUGCCCUGCCUUUGCCCUGCCUUUGCCCUGCCUUUGCCCUGCCUUUGCCCUGCCUUUGCCCUGCCUUUGCCCUGCCUUUGCCCUGCCUUUGCCUUGCUUUUGCCCUGCCCAAGCAAUAUAAAAAAAAUAAAUUUUCCAUUUUAGAACAUUCAAAUCUACACCAUAUUUUACGCCUUAUUUAUAAUAUUUGACAACAAAUUUAAAGUGCAAUCUCAAAAAGUAUUUGGGACCGUGGAUGCUACAGAGCACCAUCAUAAACAAAUGAUGCAGCUAUGGUUGAGUAACAAACGGCCAGAACACUACACUGCUUGA